UAUGUUAUGGCGAAAGCAACAGACGCGGCCGGCGCUUGUGACGCGAGUGCACACGACGAUGUUUUUAUUCAAAAUAAGGACAACGAAACAAUUCCAAUGACUAUUAAUAACUAUAUAAUGAAGACAGAAAGUGAUACCGAAAGUGAAAAAGUAAAAGGUGAUCAGAAAAUGUUAAGUGUUUCCAAUAAUGUUAAGAAAAAGAAUAAUAAUUCUGAUGAAAGUAUUAGCGAAACGGAUAGCGAUAUUAAAAAGGAAAAUCGUAAUGAAUUACAACGAGAUGACCGUGACAUAAUGUUCGUAAACGAAGCGCCUUCAGGAGCUAGAUAUGUGGAUGAUAACAAUGAAGAUAAAUACACAAGCCAAAACUGCAGGCAUAUUAAACACAAUAACUAUAAAGAAUUUGAUAAUGUAAUAAUAAACAAUAUAGGUGAAGGUGGUAAAAAAUGCAAUGCCCCAUCUAAAAAGAAUUUUCAAGAUUCUGCGGAGGCGCUGGAACACACCUUGGUACAGCUGGGCCACUUCGGCCUGUACCAGCGCUAUGCACUGUUUCUUCUAUGCGUCCCAAACCUGUUUUCUGCCAUGUACUCGCUUAAUUAUGUAUUCGUAGCUGAUCAAGUUCCUUUUCGAUGCUUAAUAAAGGAAUGUGAAGGACAAGGAAGCAACUUCAACAGCACCACAAUACAGGAACUGCUACCAGAAGACCAAUGUCGCCGUUAUGAGCCCGUGUCACCUGAUCAGCUAAGCUGCGCGCGAGAAGAUUACCUGAACACAACCGCUUCGUGCAAGUCGUUCCUGUACGAGAACAUGGACACUAUCUAUGCAGAGUUCGGUCUGGCGUGCAAUGAAUGGCAGCGGACGCUGGUGGGAACGGUGCGGAACGCUGCGCUGCCGUUUGCGUUAAUUUUUACUGGAUACUUAUCGGACGGUUGGGGUCGCCGCACAGCAUUCUGCGUCUUUUCUGGGUUUGCUGGUGCACUCGGAAUCAUCAAGUCAUUUGCGCCAAAUUAUCAGUUAUACCUCGCAAUGGAAUUCUUCGAAGCCGCACUUGGUUACGGAUUUAACAGCGCCGCCUACGUCAUGAUGGUAGAGCUCGCGCGUCCUUCUUUGCGCGCGGCAUUUGCGUGUGCGACCGGUGUCGGUUACGGGCUCGGCGGCGUCCUGUUUGCAUUCAUUGCAAGCGGCAUCCCUUAUUGGCGAGAUUUACUUCGUACUAUCCAUACACCCGCAUUGCUUUUCCCAAUAUAUUGGUUUUUAUUGGACGAGAGCAUGCGCUGGCUGCACGCCACGCGGCGAACAGAUCGCGCUUUAACUGUUAUACGCAAAGUAGCACGAUGGAAUAAAAUUACUUUGGAUGAAGAUCUUUUGACGGCCGCGGGCGAAACAAACGAUGUUGAAGUAAAAUCUGAGGGAAACCCAUGGUUCAGCUUGAUAAAGUCACGUGUGCUGAUGCUACGAUUCGCAGCAUGUUCAUGGUGCUGGGUAUCAGCCUCUUUCGUUUACUACGGACUUACCAUAAGCUCAGUGUCCGUGUCUGGAGAUAAAUACACCAACUUCGCGCUUACCAUGGCAAUGGAGAUCGUCGCAUCACUACUUAUUAUGAUGGCAUUGGAACGGUUUGGUCGGAAACGAUGUAUAUUUGUGGCAUUUUUACUGUGUGGGAUAUCUUGUGUAACUCCAUAUUUUACUUCGCAUGCAGGCACAGGACUGGGACUAUUCUUUGUAGGUAAACUGGCGAUAACCUUUGCCUUUAACUCUUUGUACGUGUUCACGACAGAGCUGUUCCCGACAGGGGUGCGCUCCUCUGCACUCGCCGCCGUCUCGCUCGUCGGACGCCUCGGCUCUAUACUCGCGCCGCAAACGCCUCUCCUAAGUGUUUCCGUACAAGCAAUAUUAUACGGCGCAUGCUCGGGAUCCGCGGCUCUGGUGGUGCUGUGCAUACCGGAGACGCGUCGCGUACCGCUGCCUCAACAUAUAAGGAAUGCAGAGAAACUGCGCACCCCUGAACCCACUCUCGUGAUACCCACUUCUACACACCUUUAAAUAUGAAUUGACGACCUGAACACAUGAGGUAAAGGCGAUGAUCAGUAAGAAAUCGUCGAGGCUGUGGCCCUGUCGCUAUCGACUGACUAUUCUAAUGACUAAUGAGAUUUUUGUGAAUAUAUAAUAAUAUAAAAUAUAAUUUUUAAUACAUUUCCUAUUUAAUUAGUUGUAUAAGCUAUAUAAACUUUUGAAUGCGGAUUACAUUUUUAUUAAUUAGGAACAGACUUGUUAUGUAAAAAACAAGAUCUUGGAAAACUUUGAAAUAUUUUAUCUUCGACAACGAUAGUGAUAAUCUUGUUCUAUUUUAAUACUUAUCUCGAUAAAAACUCUCGUAACUGUUCAUCGAGGUACGUUCUUGCUGUGCUCAGGUUUUAGACAAAUUUAUUAUUAGUCCAUCUGCAAAGGUGAUUGUUAUUUUUCACAAAAAUCCCGAUUUACUAAUUAUAUAAAACCGCUGAAUUCAUUAUCAUUAAUACUUCUAAAAAUUACCCUCAUAUUGAGACGAGGCUGGUCAAUGAUAAUUGACAGCUGCUUGAAAUUAAUUUCCUGAAACAGAGCUUGAUGCACGUCGAACCAACACGUUUCAUGACACUAGACUUUUAUAAUAAUAUCAUUGUAAGUUGCGCUUAUUUUUGUAAGUACUCAGCGUAAUGUCAACUUUACUAAAUUUUGAUAAAUGUAAUUUAUGUAAUGUAAAGCUAUGGACGGGCCCGACUGGGUGCCGCUUGGUACCGAUAUCAUUACCUUCUAUCGCUGUGUUCCGGUUUAGUUUGUACACUUACAGUUUUAUCAAAAAGUCAAAUAAUCAAAUCAAAAUAUUAUUAUUCAAAUACAUUUUACAAGUUCUUAUGAGUCGUCAAACACUACCACUUUUAUUUCUAGCCAACUAACCAUCAUGCGGCAUUUGCUUGAAAUCCGUCCUAAAGUAAUAAAUACUUAAGAAUUCAAAAUAUACCUAUUAAGUAUAAAACUGUGAUAAUAAAAUAUACCUUUAGUUUUAGAUGGUUUUUAUUAUGUGUAAAUAUGGUUAAGGGGUUGACGUAUUGCAAGACUACACUCUCUUUAUACAAAGUACGAACAUUUGAUUUGAAAAAUCUUCAAAUGCAAUAUCUGAUGACAAAUGACAUUUGAGACGACGCUUUAUAAAUAUAAUUUUUGCAAAGUGAAGAUAAGCUGGUUUUAUUUUCUUUCUAACGUUUCUUUAGUUGCGAUAAAAUACUAAAGACGAUAUCUGACAUCGCUGCUAAACGAUAUUCUCGAAGUAAAGAGAUCAGGUUUAAACAAUAAUAUAGUCAUGUAUGUUCAACGUUUUCCAUUUAUUUAAAUAAAACAUUCAAUUGACCCUG